AUGUCACGAGGUCUCUCUAAGACAAUCCAACGCGCAAAACCAGCAGUGCUAUCGUGGAGAACCGAAGACUUGGUCCUCACUGAGUUGACGUCUUAUGGCUUUACCUUCUUGUACUUGGCCAAAAAUGAAGUUGCCAGUGCUCCUCUUAUUAGUCCUGAUAUCUCAUGCCUGAAAUCGCUGAAGGAAUCCUUGCUUGAUCCUUUCGGCCACUUGUCGAAUUGGGAUUUCACCUACUCAACCGAAGGAUCCAUUUGCCUAUUUAACGGUAUCGAAUGCUGGAGUAUGGUGGAGAACAGGGUGAUCAGUUUAUCCUUAAAUAACAUGGGACUGGUUGGUCAGUUUCCAGCGGGUCUGAAGAACUGCAGGAGCUUGCAGAGGCUGGAUAUUUCGAAUAAUCAAAUCUCUGGCACAAUCCCUCAUGAUAUCUGCUUCCAUCUACCUUAUCUUGUAUAUCUUGAUCUUUCAAAUAAUCAACUCACUGGGGUCAUCCCACCUUCCAUUCCUGAAUGUAGCUACUUGAAUACCUUAAGCCUCGGUGCUAAUGAACUAAGCGGUUCGAUUCCAGUCGAGAUGGGCCAACUGCGACGCCUCAAAUACUUCAAUGUCUCUAGUAACAGGUUAACAGGGUUAGUGCCUGCAUUUUAUGAGGUUACUCCGGCUACUGUCGACUUUGGAGACAAUCCGGGACUUGGUGGAAAUCCAUUGGAGGGCAGCGAUCAUAUCUCUAAUCGGUAUUUCUUCCGCGGCCUCAUGACUGGUUGGGCUGCAUCUAUGAGUUUGGUUUUCUUGGUUUGUUGGUUUGUUGUUCCAGAAAUCGAUGUCAAGAAGCUUUAUCUUGAGUACAAGAAGAAGAAGAAAAGGGCACGAAUGAAUGAACAAAGUCCACAGCAGACUCAGGGAGAGAUGAACAAUAUCAUGAUGACAGCAAUGGAAAAAUAUGUUCCAAGGAUGCCUUUUGCGGAACUUUCUGAUGCAACAGGCAGUUUUAGCCAGGAUAACCUGAUUGGAAUCGGAAAGACAGGAGCAACAUACAAGGCUAAAAUCCGGGAACAAUUUUUGGUUGCUGUCAAGUGCCUCUUCAACGGCGAGCAUCUUGGUCGACGAAUUAAAUCUGAGAUCUUAACUCUAGCAAGAUUAAAACACCGCAGACUGGUUCCUUUAAUAGGUUUCAGCCUCUGGGAGAAUGACGUAUAUUUGGUUUACAGAUACAUGCCAAAUGGAAAUCUAUACAAUUGGCUGCAUUCAACAAGCCAAGAAGAGGGAGAAAUCAAGGCAAGCUGGCCGUUAAGAUUUUACAUUGCUCUUGGGGUAGCAGAAGGAUUAGCAUCGCUGCAUGAUAGCAGCAAUGUAACUGUGAUUCAUGGAGCCGUAAGCUCCAAGUGCAUCUUGCUCGAUAAACAUGUCGAACCCAAGAUAUCAAACUUCUGGGAAGCAAAGUUCAUUAAGUUGACGCCUAGAUCGGCCUAUAGAAGUGAUAACGAGGAGUUGGAAUCUGACAAGAACGAUGUUUACUCUUUUGGAAUUGUGCUUCUUGAGCUCAUAACUGGAAAGGAACCUCGAGAAUUAGUCAGCUCAAUCUUAGAUCUUAGUCCCGCUACCUCUCCGGCUCACUUUUCGCACGCAUUCGUAUUGGAUGAAACUCUGGUGGGUCAAGGUUUUGAAGAUGAAAUCCGCAAGUGCUUUGAGGUAGCAAAGAACUGUCUGAGGUUUAAUCCAGGCCAACGGCCAUCAAUGGUUCAAGUACAUGAAACUUUGGCAGCAAUACGUGUUAGUGAAACUGAAGUGAAAUAG